AUGAAACCCCCGAAGAGGAAGAAGAAGCAGAAGAACAAGAGGAGGAAGAGAGGAGAAGCAGAGGAACAAGAACAAGAAGAAGAGACCGAAAGUCGGGCAGUAACAGUGGACACUCCAUUCGAAGAGGAAACGUCGACGACUCCUCCAUUUGAGGAAGAGACCACUACUCCGGACUAUGAAACUAUAACUCCCGAUUACGAAGAUGAUGAUGAUGAUGAUGAUGAUGAUGAUGAUAACAGUGACGAAGUGCAAGUGGUGGAUGUACAAGAAACACAAGAAGAAGAAGAAACAACUUCAGAAGAAAAGACUGAACAACCAGAAGAAAGCUCGGGAGAUUACGCAGAAGAUGACACUGGCAAUGCCAGUGUUACAGAAGCCACAGAGACGUCUUUCUUGCCAUUCUCAUACUCGAAGGAAGAUGUCCAGGUCCUCCAGAGAACAUUGGAGUGGGAGAAGGAACGACUCAAACUGGGCAAAUCAUCCACAGGAAGUACCAAUUCUACCGAUGAAUUGGUUACUUUGGAAGACCUCUAUGGUAGCAUUGAUGCGAUCAGUCCCAAGGGCAGCGGCAGUGCUUCUGAAGGUACCCUGCAGCAACAGCUUGAAAAAGAGUUGCUCAAGAGCACCGAUUCAGACCUGAAUUACCGAAAACUACCUGACCUUGGUAUGAUCGAGGGCAUGGCCACAUCCGAGGUUUCGGAAACUUCGACAGCCGACAUUGCAUCGGCAAAACGCAGGAUUGAAACCGCAACCCAGGCAAUAAUGAUUGAAGAGGCCAGGACUAACGCGUCGAGCAAGGCCCGUCGCUUCAUGAGACCAUCACCCAAAUCACCAUCGCUAAUGGACGGACAGGAGGAAAUCGACGUGGCCUCAAUCGUUCAAAGUCUGGCUGCGGUGACAGAGGAGGACGAGCUCGAAUCCCUUGCUGGUUUUGAAUCUGUCUUCAAAGAUGAUAUUGCUUCCAAGGCAACAGCAACGACGAUGGCAUCAGGAUCAUUGUCUGGUGGUAGCUGUCUUAAGAGCAGUGGCAGCGGUGCCAUGGAGGAUGAAAUGAUACAAGAGUACGCUGUCCGGCGGGAAAUUGCUACGAAAGUGCUGGGAACCAAAAUGUUGCAGGGGUAUUCUCUCAGGGAGAGCCAAUGCGAGCAGUGUGGAAUGCCGCAGAUGGAAUUCAAGUCGAUUGUCCAUUGCGUCGUGUGCCCCGUACUUGCCAAGAAGGCAAAGAAGGAAAUACGCAAAAUGCAGAAGUUUAAGAAGCAAGGAUAUCUUUCCAACGAGGAUGAGGAUGCUGCCAAGACCGAGGAAGAAGCCAUCGUGGAUCAGGUACUACAGAAGCAUGAAGACGAGACGGGCAGCAAGAAUAUAUUUGCUUUGUUGGCUGAUCAAGACUCCAAUAAGAGUAGUGUCAAGUCGAUCUUGGUUGAACAAGGCUCCGCCAGCAAGAAGACAGUAAGAUCACUAUUGGAAGAUGACAAUGUCAGCAAGAAGAGCAUCCAGUCAUUGUUGCACCAAGUAGAUUCGUGCAGCAAGAGUCUCAAGUCUGUGCUAGCUGAAGAGAACGCCAGCAAAGAGACUCUAAAGUCGCUAUGUUUGGAAGAGGAAUCUAGCAAGAAGAACCUACAGUUGUUGUUGGAAGAAGCAUCGGUUCUAGCCGACGGGGGGGCUUCGACUGUGUCUUCCAAGAAGUCAAAGGGAUCUUCUAAGAAGACAAAGGCAACUUCGUCUUCCAUGACGACUUCAUCUUUAAGCGCAAGCACAAAGCAUCAGACGGCAUAUGCAGUGAAAGCGGAGGAACUGAGAGAGAAUAAACGGCUUCAGGAGCAGAGGCUGAGGGAGGCACAAAAGAAGCGCGAAGAAGCACAAAAGGCAAAGGAAUCCCGAAAGCAAGCUCAACAACACGACGCGGUAAGCGAAGCCAGGUCGUCUCCCAAGACAAAGUCUCCCAAAGCAAAGUCUCCCAAGUCGUACGAUGCCCUGAGUGAAGCGAGGGCCACCCCAAGGGCCGGCGCCUCACAGAAAUCUAGCCCUUCAAGAAAAGGGCAAAAGCCACCGAUUCCGUCACCGAGGAGGUCGUCCGGUAGCACCAGCUCAAAGUCAAGCGCUCAUCGAAAAGGGUUGCCACCCAAAGGCGCCCCAAAGAAGACGUCGAACAUUGUUGAAACACAGAGGAAAGUGCAAGAAAAGCAAAAAACGACUAAGUCUGGGAAAUCGGUACAAGGUUCAGUGACGAGUUCCUCGAACGACAGCUGGCUCUGCAUUGCCUCAAAGUCUCCAUCAAACAUCAAAACUGCUGACUCUCGUCGGAAACAGCUUGAUACGAACGAAAAGAUUCUGCUGGAGGAAGCCAGGGUUGCUUCAGAGGAGAAAAAGAAACUACAUAAAGAAGAGAAAGCUGCGUUAGGAGAUAAAAAGCGAUUGAAAGAUAUCAAACGGCGAAAAGAGGAAGCAUCUCGAGAGGAGGAAAUGUGCAAAGACCAACUGAAGCUAAUCGUCGAGACAAAACGACUGGAGACAAUGGAGCGGAUGCGUCUGGCAAACGAGAUCGAGUUCAAGUCUCCGCAGGAGAGCUUGUUGGCAGUGUUCGCGCUUCAAGAAGAGCGGAAGAGAUUGAGAAAGGAAGCAGCGCGACAAAAAGAAAUUCGUGCCCUCGAAAUCGCUCGAAAAGAGGCGGAACUUGAGCAAGCUCGACAGGCUGCAAAACUUGAGGAAACGCGUCGUCGAGCAAAUAUGGAAGUACAUCGUCUUGAAAGCGCUGAACGCGAAGCGAAAGAAGCGAAGAGAAUUGAUGAGCUGGAGAAAGAGGCGAAACGGCAAGCGAAAGAAGCCGAAAAAGCUCUGAAGAAGGCAAAAGCUGCAAUGGAAGACAUCAGCACUGGCCGGAAGGACUUGAUCGCCGACGUCAUUUCUCAAGCAGAAGCCGACACUGUUGCCGAGACCGAGGCCAUUGUCAGAGCCGAAGCAGAGGAUUACCACGAAGAUAAAAUGGUUGGAUCGUCGGCAUCUCUUUGGAGAGAACGAUGGGAAACUCUUCGAUUGGAAGGGCGGUCGGUGAUGACACGUCGUUUGAUCGCUGGCUGGACAAUGUUGCCAAAAUAUUGCAAAGGUCAAGAAUGCCAAAGUUCCCCGUUGUUGCAGAAAAAUUUCAAGACCGAAUGCGUUGUCUGUGGAGGCAGUGGCAACGGGAAAGACGGAGCCUAUUUCACCCCGGAGGCUUCUUCAGAAAGUGAGAAGGACGUAUCAUCAUCCUCGGACUAUGAUGAAAACGUCAAUGUCAAGGUCGCCCCGUCCACAGUUGCAAAAAUGUCCACCUUCGCGACCAUCAAUGCUGUAGUGUCUGAUCUGUCCAUCAUGCCUCCGUUGCCCAGAUCUCGUGAAAGUAAAACAUAUUCUUCGGACAUGCCAUCUGUAAUUCAGCCGUCAAAGACGAAGCUCAGCAUGCAGUCCGUCAAGGAGAUCCACGAAGACUUCGAGGAGAAGAGGCGAAGGGUCAGCAAGGAAAUCGGAAAGCGAAUGCUCCAGGGUUGGACACUGCUUGACAUGUCAUGUCCAAUUUGUGUGAUGCCUCUUUUGACAGACGAAGAAGGCGAAAACGAAAUCUGCGUCCUCUGUGGUGUAGUUGGAAAACUGAAGAAAGACGCGACGGAGGACGAUCAAUGCAACGCGCGGUGCGAUGAACAAAAGGAUCGCAUGAAUGUGGGAUGCGAGGAAGGAAGACAACAGAUCCAAGCGCUGAGAAGUGACUGCGAAAAUGCUGCCCCUGAGUACGAUUGCGAAGGAACGACGGCUCCUGUCGUUGAAUGUACGAGUCAGACAACUGAGUUCGUGAGUGCUGCUCGGAAGGAUAUCGGGGGAAAACUCGACUUUUCUGAAGCCAACGCCGAGUUUGCCAAGAAGGCCAAGUACUUUAUGGAUCAGAGGCGACUGGAACUAGAAGAGACAGUUGGCCCGGAGCGAAUGGCGCAGUUUCAUGAAAUGCACGACCACUUGGUAGAGACAAAAGGCCAUCUCACUGACAUCUUCAAAGAAGGCGAGGAAGUUAUCGGCAACCAGAUCAAACAGACAGGCAACCAGAUCAAACAGACAGGUGAAUUGGUUUUCCAGAAACCGGCAGUUCAAGGAAUGGUUGCCAUCAUGUCCGAGGCGCCGUGCAGCCCCAGAUCUCUUGAUAUUGCUGCUACUCCUUGUUCCCCCACGGCAAACACGGCCGCGCUGCAACAGGCAAUCAGUGCAAAGGCCUCCUACGGUUUCUUGGGCGGGGACCUUGAUGACGAGGACGAGUUGGGCCUGUCAAGAAGCAGCUUGAGUGCUCGUGGCCUGAAGAUUCCAAGCUUUCACCGUUUAUCUGCAUUCGAGGGGAAGGGUUUGAUAAAUCCCACUUCUAACGACGAGGAGACUGAAACCUCUAUUCCGAGAGAUGCUUUGUCCAUGAAGCCGUCAGCUGCCACAUCUGUCAUGAAUGCCAACGCACUGCAAACGAAGCAAUCGGAGAAAACAGCCCAGCAAGUUGAAGUGCACAAAGUGAUGGUCAAGAAGCCACGCCAAGAUCCGCCAAAGCAGGCAACAAAAACGAUGAAACCGACAAAGCCGGCAGCAGCAGCUAUCGAUCAAGAUUUGCAACAGACGAAGUCGGGAGCAAAGAGUCUGCACAAAGCACGUACUACGGAAAGCUCAUUCCAGGAUCUUGCGAACCAGCUGAGCAAGGCCGACGCCAAAUUUCGGGAAGACUACAAAAAGAUUGUACCUUCCGUGACAGAAGACGACACCCUCGGCACUAUGGAUUCGAUGCAACCAAUGUGUGACCUAUCAAUCAUUGAAGACUCGAAGCCCUCGUCCCCGUCAAAACAGAAACCUGUCAAAAAGGGAGCGGCCGCAGUUGCUCUCGAGAUGAUCAAGGACAAGAAGAGUAAGGGCACAAGGAAGAUUGAAGUCAAGCCUGUGGAGAAGCCUAAGGAGCCUAAGAAGGAGCCCAAGAAGGAUCUUACUAAGAAGAAGGACAUCAAGUGCUUUACUUUCUCCGAAGGCAACCGGGUCUUGAAGAAUCUCACCAUUGAUACCUCCCCAAGCAAGCAUGCCGCGGAAACCCCAAUGAGUCCUAGGACCCCGAAAACGACAACAUCACCGGCCAAGUCUCCUCUCAAGUCGCCAAAGGCAAAACCAAGAGGCUCACCAAAGGCAGCAAACCCUUUAUCCCCGAGGAAACCUUUAUCCCCGAGGAAACAACAUGGACAGCCUUCCCCGACGAUCGGAAAGUCUCCGUCGUCACCGUCGCCACGACCAUCUGGGUCGCCAACCAAAAGCUACAAAGAUUACAACGAAAGACUGAACCAGUUGCUUGCAGAAAGUCGGUCGCCGAUGAACUCAUCCAGGUUCGCGGGAACAAGGUCGGCACCUACAUCCCCUCAGAGAUCAAUCAGGCGGAACUCGCCGGACUAUCUCAUACACUCGAUCGCCGUUCGUAGGAGUCCAACGAACGUACAUGCGGACCCCCCAGCCAUGGUGUCGCACCAUGUCAUUGGGGCAACUGGACGACGAGUUGCAAGGGACCCUGAAGACAGAUCCGUUGUAGACGAGGACAACAUUUCCUUUGCUUCUCGGUCUCCUCGAUCAAGGCUUUUUGCUGGGGUCUCCCCAGGAGGAAGGUCGCCUUCACCGAGGUCUUUCAGUUCGCCGAGAUCUUUCAAUUUUGCAGAAUCUCCUAGAGUACGCAAGAUGAAAGAAGACUCACAAGGAGUUACACUUGUUAUUCCCAAGAACUUUGAUGUUACUAACGAUGAACAGCUUCGAGACCUCAUCAUGGCCGCCAAGCAAGGCUCAGGCCCAUCACCCUCUCCCAGCAAUCGGUUGGAGCUGGAAGGUAGGAUCAGCCAUAUGGGUGACACUGAAAUCAUUGACGUUAUUGAUCUGGUGCUCCCUGAUGAUGAUGUCGAUGAGAAUUUCAACUCUGCCAAUAGCCCACGAAAGCUGCAAAUUCAAACCAAGACAGACUUCACGCACGCCCCAUCUCCAGGAGAAAGGGCGAACAGUUUGCCAAGCCUUCGCGAGUCUCCUAAAAGCGGCGAAGAUGAUAUUGUGGUUGCUCGUAUGCACCCUCCUUCCCCUGGAGAGUCACAAUUCAACAAGAACCCACCUUCCCCAAGCGAUUCCUUUGUCGAUAACGCUCCACCAGCUCGAAGGAAAGCUCGUCCCAAGAUUACACCAGAGUCCAUGUUGAACCGAAUGAACAACAGGAAUAAGUCCAAGCUAACUUCAAUUGCAGAGUCGCACGGGUCCCGGCCAAGGGCUAGCAAAAGCCGCAUGCUUCCUUUGAGCCCCGCCACGAGCAGCAGUGUUCACCUGACGAGUACAAGAGAAGAAGAAGUCCAUGUCAGCAGUGGCAGUGGCAGUGGAAGCAGCAUCAAGCUGGAACACGCAGCAGAACACUUCUUCACCAGUCAGAGCAACAGUACCGACCUGUCUUCCGGCGGAGACAGACCCAAUAACCGCCACGCAGUCUUGGCCAACAUGUCGUUCUCGAGCAGCGGCGAGGACAGCCGAUACAGCCACUACACGAGCAGCACAGGCAAGAACGUCAGGUCUAUGACCGACUCCGUGAUGUCGUUUUCCACCCGAGAAACGUCAGCAGCGAAUUCUGGUUCAAUGGCUAAUCCUGGUUUGCCACCAAUGUCUCCUCCGUCCGUGUGGUCCAGGCCGGAUUCCAGGAGAUUCGUCAACAACGACCCUCCAGAUGGUCGAGGCACUCCAGAUGGUCGAGGCACAGAGAGCAGCAUUGCAUCUCCCGCGGAUACUCGCAGCACAAGUAACAGGACUCAAUAUCUUGGCGACGGAAGUACCGUUGCUUCCCGCGAUAGUGGUUUCGAGACAGGAGUUACUCUGGGGCGCAGCAGCAGUAGCGAUCAAAGUUAUUCUCGCCCAGACAACAGCGGUAGAUAUUAUCACCAUCACCAACACCAACCACACCAACCACACCAACAACACCAACAACCCCUGCCCGACUCUUUCACAUCGUCGGACAGCGAUUGCAAGGAAAUUGUGGUGGUCGACUCUCAGGGAUCAGGAGGCAUCGAGGUGGCAGCCGCCCCUGGCGUACGCGAAAAGACUGCCACUCCUCGAACUCCUCGCCGGAGCCGUCGGUUAGCCGCCGCAGCCAAACAACUCAAGGAACGAUCGGCGGCAAGAGGAGCACUGAGGGGUAACCCAAGCGAUGUUCUUUCGGUGAACUCUACAACGUUCGAUGGCAUCAUUAGCCGCAUCGAUACGUGCAAGUCGAAAUUGGGUCCAAGCGCAAACGAAGCCGGGAAAGAGGGUGUUCGCAACCGCAAGAUUGCCAGUUUGAUUGGGAAGCUGACCGUGGCUGCAGCCGACGUGUCCACUGUGGGCGGCGACAGCGAAAUCAUGAUGGGCGAAGAUGCUCCUCCCGGAGGCUCGGUAAGACAAUAA